UUUGCAAGCGUCAUUUGGCGGCGUGUUGGGUUUGGUGUUUAACGCUAAUUUUAUUAAAACUAAAUAAAAAUAGUGCAUUCUUAUCUAUUAAAAUGUCAUAUCAGUCGAGUGUAGCGCAAGACUCGCUGGCUGCAGCACAGUUAGAGAUGGCCGGUAACCCUAAUACUUUGGCGCUUCGUCGACCAUUCGACCCUGUAGCUCACGACUUAGAAGCAAGUUUUCGACUUACAAGAUUCGCCGAUCUCAAGGGAAGAAGUUGUAAAGUACCGCAAGAUGUAUUGUCUAAACUUGUCGAGUCCCUGCAGCAAGAUUAUUCCCAACAAGAUGACCAAUUUAUGCAUGUGGCGAUUCCACGCAUUGGAAUUGGUUUGGAUUGCUCAGUUACUCCGCUCCGCCACGGAGGAUUGUGUUUGGUUCAAACUACAGACUUCUUUUAUCCAUUGGUUGACGACCCCUACAUGAUGGGGAAAAUAGCUUGUGCCAAUGUCCUUAGUGAUUUGUAUGCUAUGGGUGUAACUGAAUGUGACAAUAUGUUAAUGCUAUUGGGUGUAUCAACUAAAAUGACUGAAAAGGAGCGCGAUGUUGUUAUCCCUCUUAUCAUGCGUGGCUUCAAAGAUUCUGCUCUGGAAGCAGGAACAUCUGUUACUGGCGGUCAAACCGUUAUCAACCCAUGGUGUACUAUUGGAGGGGUAGCAACCACUAUCUGCCAGCCCAAUGAAUAUAUAGUACCAGACAAUGCAGUCAUGGGAGAUGUACUUGUUCUUACUAAACCUCUUGGAACUCAAGUUGCAGUAAAUGCUCACCAAUGGUUAGACCAACCUGAACGUUGGAAUAGAAUUAAACUGGUAGUAUCUGAAGAAGAUGUUCGAAAAGCAUAUCAUCGUGCAAUGGAUUCUAUGAGCAGGCUCAAUAGAAUUGCUGCUCGCCUUAUGCAUAAGUAUAAUGCUCAUGGAUCUACUGAUGUGACUGGAUUUGGCUUGCUUGGUCAUGCUCAAAACCUUGCUUCACACCAGAAAAAUGAAGUUUCGUUUGUUAUCCAUAACCUUCCUGUGAUUGCGAAAAUGGCAGCAGUUGCCAAAGCUUGUGGCAAUAUGUUUCAGUUGUUACAAGGCCAUGCACCAGAAACUUCUGGUGGACUUCUUAUCUGCUUACCAAGAGAACAGGCUGCAGCAUACUGUAAAGAUAUUGAGAAACAGGAAGGAUACCAAGCUUGGAUUAUUGGCAUUGUAGAAAAGGGUAACCGCACAGCUAGAAUUAUUGACAAACCACGAGUGAUUGAGGUUCCAGCUAAAGAUUAAAUUUAAGUUUUGAGACAUUGAAUAUCAUUGGAAAAAAAAUAAGUACUGAUUUUAUGAAAAGCAUUUUAAACUACUGUUACAACCAGAAAUUUUGUUUAUUAGUAAAAAGUAUCAAGUAUACAUAAUAUCUGUCUUAAGUUUUAUUCAUAAUAAUGCUUUUAUGUACUAGUAACUUGGUGUUUAGAUUUGUAAGUAAAAAAUAUUAUAAUUAGAAUAUUAAGAUUAUUAAAAUUUCCACUAGAUACAGAGUUUUGAAGUGUUUGCAGUAUCAUUUUCUGCAAUUUGUGGAGUAAGUAUAAUUUUAAAAUAAAGUUAUUUUCAUUCUA